AGUUUGAAAAUUUCCAUGAACUGCAAAUUCCUGCCAGUUUCUCCAAUCCCUCUUUACCAAUUCCCUUGACCAAACCCAAGAAUUUUCCUAAUUCUUACGCCCAUUUAUCCAUUUAUUUAUACGUGUUGCAACCGCUUCGCAAAACCGAAUCCACCCCUUUUCGCCAUUUUUGUUGCUCUCAAGAUUUUGUCUCACUUGAAUUGAUUGGUUAAGUAUCUCUCUGCAGUAAAGAACAGUUUCAGGUCUUGUUGAAACUCAGGAGGCUUGCUUUGAUCGAUACCGUGCUUGUUGUUCCGACAGAAGACAUUUCGAUUUGAUCAUACAUCCUUUCUAUCCAGACAUGUUGGGCCAUAAGAAAUCUCCCUUACAUAGGUUAUCAAAGCGCAACUCGGCUGAUUCCGGUGAAUUGGGCAAUAAAGAACACCUUAAAGCAUCUGCAAGGACAUCAUCAGAACCCUCGCUUGUUUCUUCAAAUUUGAGCACAAACCCUUUCGAUGACGACAAUGAGACUAAAGGGAUGUCUUCAUCCCAAGGCUUUACCAUGUCAUCGGCGAAAAACAGAUACAAGAAUGAUUUCCGCGACUCUGGAGGCUUUGAGAACCAGUCUGUGCAGGAGCUGGAAAAUUAUGCCGUCUACAAGGCUGAAGAGACUACAAAGACAGUCGACAGUUGCGUAAAGAUUGCUGAGGAAAUGAGGGAAGAAGCUACUAAAACUUUGGUCACUUUACAUCAGCAAGGCGAGCAGAUCACUCGAACUCACAUGGUCGCCGCUGACAUGGACCAAGAUCUUAGCAGGGGUGAGAAGCUUUUGGGUAGUCUUGGAGGCAUCUUCUCGAGGAAAUGGAAACCUGCAAAGACUCGCCCGGUGAAGGGCCCGGCAAGCGUGAGAGAUGAUCCGAUAUAUAGGAAGGGUAACCAUUUGGAGCAGAGGGAAAAACUGGGGUUGAGUUCCGCGAACAAGGAAAGAUCUAAUGCGCGUAAAACAGUCCCCGAACCAACGGAUUCAUUGCAGAAAGUCGAGAUGGAAAAGGGUAAACAAGACGACGCGCUUUCAGACUUGAGUAAUAUUUUGGGGGAGCUGAAGGAGAUGGCUAUUGACAUGGGAUCCGAAAUCGAGAGGCAGAACAAAAAUCUGGAUCCCCUUCAAGAUGAUGUCGAGGUGCUUGCAGUACGCGUAAGAGGAGCGAAUCAGCGCACUCGCCGCCUGCUCGGGAAGUAGAAGGCUUGUCUGGUACUCGUGUUUUUUGUCCAUCGUCUUCUUCUGAAACUUCUCACUGUUUUGAAUUCUGGUACACGAAAUAUAUAUAUACAUAUACAUACAUGUUUCUGUGUGUAUACGACGCGAUGUUUGUCUGAAACUUAUCAUUCAACAAGACGAGGAUAGAUGCAAACUUGGAGAGCUUCAUUCCCAAGUUCCAUCUGUUCUUCUUUUAUCUUC